GAUUUCCCCCUCCGAGGAACAGAUUUGGUGUUUUUUUUUGGGGGGUGGGGGUAGACCCCCGGGGUGGGCUCCAGAGUAAGGGACCUGCUCUGCUCUGGAGGGAUUGGGGGGUUCCUCUUCUGAGAGAAGGGGGCGGGUUUGUUCCAGAGCCCUCCCGUUUGGGGGACCGGGCUGCUGGGAGGAGGAGAGAGUUUUAGAGGGGUUGCUUGUUCUGGGCCCCCUGGUUGUCCUUAAAAACUCCUUGUGGGUCGUGUAAGAUCCCUUCUGGAGGCUUGUCAGGCGAAGCUGAUCUUUGCAGAGCCUGUUAGAAGAGAGAUAUUCCCGAGCUGGUUGUGCUUCACUGGGGGAAGCGUGUUGGUUUGGGGGCUCCCUUGGCUGUAUGUGGGCAGGCGGGGGUGGGGGAAAGGUGUGUCUUUUUACAGCUCUCGGGUUUCUCAGUCGGUGUCAGCUGGGAUGUUGUAGGGUGCCAGGCCUAACCCUUGAGACGAAAGCCCGCAGUUUCCCCCUUCAUAGGCAGGCUUGCCCCCUGCAUGCAUACAUAUUACUUCCUCCCUGCACUUGCUGCUGCUGUUUAUUGACCUGACACCAGGGAGAUGUCUGAGCUGAGGAAGCGAGGAGGUGGGGGAGACCAUGAAACUGAAAACAUCACUGACAAGGAUGUGGAUGGAGAUGAUCGAUUUGCAGAGCUUGAUCUCAGAAGUGAUUCAGAUGUUCCAGAAAUUGUUCCACCAGCAGACAGCACUCCAGAAAUUUUAAAAAAGGCUCUUUCUGGCUUGUCCUCAAGAUGGAAGAAUUGGUGGAUUCGUGGGAUUUUAACUUUAGCUAUGAUUUCUUUCUUUUUCCUGGUAAUAUACAUGGGGUCAUUCAUGUUGAUGCUUCUUGUCAUGAGCAUACAAGUUAAAUGUUUCCAUGAAAUCAUUACUAUAGGUUACAGAGUCUAUCAUUCUUAUGACCUGCCAUGGUUUAGAACCUUAUGCUGGUAUUUCUUGCUAUGUGUGAACUACUUCUUUUACGGAGAGACCGUAGCAGAUUAUUUUGCAACAUUUGUUCAAAGGCGAGAGCAGCUUCAGUUCCUGAUUCGCUACCACAGAUUUAUAUCUUUUACGCUUUAUCUGACAGGUUUCUGUAUGUUUGUGCUGAGUCUGGUGAAGAGGCAUUAUCGUCUGCAGUUUUACAUGUUCGCAUGGACUCAUGUCACUUUGCUGAUCACUGUAACUCAAUCCCAUCUUGUCAUCCAAAAUCUGUUUGAAGGCAUGAUCUGGUUUCUUGUUCCAAUCUCAAGUGUUAUUUGUAAUGAUAUAGCAGCUUAUGUCUUCGGCUUCUUCUUUGGGAGAACUCCAUUAAUUAAGUUGUCUCCCAAAAAGACCUGGGAAGGAUUCAUUGGUGGCUUCUUUACCACAGUUGUGUUUGGAUUCAUUGUUGCCUACCUUUUGGCUCAGUAUCAGUAUUUUGUAUGUCCUGUGGAAUACAGUAGUGAAACUAACAGAUUUGUCACGGAGUGUGAACCUUCAGAACUGUUCCAGUUACAGAAGUACUCUAUACCACCAUUGCUGCAGGUUGUACUAAGAAGGGAAACGGUGAACAUGUACCCAUUCCAGAUGCACAGCAUUGCUUUGUCAACAUUUGCAUCCUUAAUUGGACCAUUUGGAGGUUUCUUUGCUAGUGGAUUCAAAAGAGCAUUCAAAAUUAAGGAUUUUGCAGAUACUAUUCCUGGCCAUGGUGGAAUAAUGGAUCGCUUUGACUGUCAGUACUUGAUGGCUACUUUUGUUCAUGUCUAUAUCACAAGUUUCAUAAGAGGCCCCAAUCCCAGCAAACUACUGAAGCAGCUGUUGGUUCUCCAACCAGAGCAGCAGUUAAAUGUCUACAAAGCUCUAAAGGCUCACCUCAUUGAAAAAGGGAUCCUUCAGCCGUCACUGAAGCCAUAGGAGGACCGGACUACCAAGAAAAGCACAGCUGGAAAAGCAGAUUUUGCUUGUCAGAGCAACACAUGUUGGACUGAAGCUGGUCUGUGCAUCUGAAGAGAUGAAUGUGUUUACUGAAAUUACUGUGAAUACUCAAGAGGCCAUGGCAAGAUUUAAGUUCCUUCUGAAUAACUGCAUGUGUUUGCUGUGUCUCAGUUUCUUGGGUUGAAGGAAUGAGAGGUCUCCCUUUCCCCCCAGCUUUGUAAGCUUUGGGUUUUUAAAGCAACUAUCCAUUUUUAAAUAUUAUGCACAUGUUCCCUUUGGAGAGUAAAAGUUAAAGGGAUGCUAGGGAGCGUGCAGUUAUUUAUAAAAACUCAUUUUAGUGCAAUGUUGUUAAUGACUCCAGCUCAGAUAAUGAUACUUCUUAGUACCGUGUUGUAUCCAUAAUAAUUUUAGAUGACUGUGUAUGCCUAAACGUUAACCAAAUGGUGAUAGAUGCAGUUUUAUUCUAUAUUACUUCUAGAAAAUAGGAAAGGCUACCUGAAAUGAGGAAAUCCCCAAUGGUUUCUCAGGUUUUUGCCUUGUUUAAAAUCCUGGGGAAGGGGCAAUCAGGAAAUCUUUGGGCUCUUAUAAAGAGGGAAAUGCCUCUGGGAAGGGGUUCAGGGUCUUUCUGGUGGGAUCCUAAAGACCAGUUGAAGCACUGAGACCCCUUUCAGUUGCAGGCCUUUUCUUGACCAGCAAACUCAUUUUGGAACCUUUUGGACUCCAGAGAUUGGUGGCUCUCUGGAUUGUGCUAACUUGUGCCUCGGUGCUUGGCUGUUGAAAAUGAAAACUCCUCCCCCCUCCUUUAUAAUAAGUGCAAUAGAAGUGCAAAUUCGGCAAUAUUUAGAUAACUUCCCAUGAAGGCAGAUGGCCUGGUCCAGUGUGACCAGUUGGCUAGUCAGAAUUUGAAGUUGCAAGAUGAAUCUAGUGCUUCCACAACCAGUUCAAGCCGAAGGGGGCAUGUGGCUAAUACUGUAAAGGGAACACUUAAUACUGUAACUGGGAACACUUACUGCAGCGCGGCUAGAGGUUGCUUAGGGAGCUCUGCAUGAACAGUGACACUAACAUUCAUGGCAUGAAUUACUUUCUUGUUGCUUUUAUGUGAGUUCUUUUUAUCAUGUCAUAAACCAAAACAAAGCUAUUUAAAAAAGCAAAAAUAAAGCACAUUAAUGCCGAAAAUUUGGCACAAUAGUGACUGUAAAUUGGAGUUGAAGUGUUCAGGGUGCAGUUCUUGGGAAUGUUUUUUUCCUAGGCAAGCCUCCUUGACAUGGAGGGGAAACAUACAGGAGAACCCAUCCGUUGCAUGGUUUCUGUCCCCUGUCAUGAGGCUUGUGCAGAAGACCUUUCUAUAAGCUUUCACCCUGUGAACUGAACGUGUGAGCUUUUUUGCUUUGAGCGAAGACAACAGUUCUAGCCUUGCCAGACUAAACCAUGUAGCAAAACCUAGAUGUAUAUUAUUAACCUCCGACUUCUUCAGGGAUGGAGUCUGUUUACAUCAUUGUAGUGCCAGAGCUUGUUGUAUGUUCUCUUGCAGGACUCUGCAAUUACAGUAGUGCAGCUGCCGAUAAUGCUGUAACCUGUAUACUUCAGGUUAAUUCCAUCAGAACCGAUGAAGUCAUUCCAAAGAGGGCUGUGCAUCACUAAUACAAACCACCAAGGACUCCCUCCCCCAUUGCCUUGGCAAUGUGGAAGCAAAUUUGUCCUUCCCCUGCUGCCCCAGUGACCACACAAGACAGAUCAUGUAGCUGUGACUCUUUCAAGCCAAAAUCCUGUCCCUCAGGGUGUGGGAAGGCGGCAUAGUGUGGGUUAUCCUGUGGCAUGCAGCUUCUGCCAUUACUGGCGGUGGCAGGGAGGACAUAUGAGGGCUGUUUUCACAACUGUUAACUAGGUGGGACAAGUGUCCUCCUCAGCUUUGGGAGCUGUGCACAAUUUUCAGGAUUGUGAGUUAAACGCUGGGUGGGAGAUGGGCACAGGCUCUGAUGUUGUUGCCUCUUACACUGGCUACAAGUGCUGAGUAGGAAAAGGCCGUGUCAGCCUCCCACACAACUGCAAAUCAGGCAUGUGCCCAGCUUCUGAAGCUGUGGGUAGGGUGCUUGAAACAGCCCUACUGUUUAAUAAAACCAGAAUGUGUCAGCCUGGAUUUUGUGCCUAAUUUGGCACCACAGAAUAACAUGUAUUUGACAUACAGUGCUAUCAAUAUGGAACAGGCAUCUCUGAAGAAAUUGCACAACAGACCUUGCAGCUACCCUCCCCCCGGGAAGUUGCAGAAAGCUUCCUUGCUGUGAGGUCCAGCACAUAUUGGAUUCCUGCAGAUUACUCAUUUCUGUAGGGAUCCCACCAGCACUAUGCAAUGAUGUUUGCAAUCAGUGGGGGAAACAAAAAUAAUUUAGAUUCCUUUUGAAAUUUAUGUGGUUAAAAAGGGUGAGGGGAUGUUUUUCUGCUUUCAAAUUAUAGUUUCCUUUUUGCCUUGAGUGGUGCCAGAUCACAGCUGAAUGAUAGUACUGUUUUGAAAUACUGUUAUCACCACUAGUCUCCCAUCUGUGGUUGAACAGUAAAAAUGUUAACUUUCAAGCUAAACAAAGGCCUCAUGAGCAUGGCUGUUCAGACUGGAAAAACAGAACACAAAACUGAAAACUGGAUAAAUGGACAAGCCAACUGAAGGGUGCUGCUGUCUGGUUCGAUUUUAAAAAGCAUCAGUAGGAACGUUUGCACUGAAGUAAGUAGUCACUUAUAGGCCUUUGAAACUUAAGACGAAUGCAUAUUUUUGUUAUAAAAUAUUCUUUACUUAUUCUGUCCUGAGCUCAAAUCAUACAAAAAUGUAAAGCUUAAUUUUAAUGUAAACUUGUAACUUUUGGUGUAAUUUUUAUAACAUUUGUAUUGAAAUAAGAUUAUAUGUAAGCCAUUGAAUGCAGGAGAAGAGCUGACACUGUUAGCUCUGUUUGCACUGUUAAGGGACACCACUGUAAAAUAUUGCUACUCAUUAAAAGUGGAAUGCCUCAUGGUAAUUUUGGAUGCGUUCUUACUAUUUCUGAAUCUGUGCUUUUGAUAUACAGAAUACUAUUAGAGGAUUCUCAGGUUGCUUUCAGUGACAGUCUAAGAAUAUUCCAAGAAAUUGACAAUACACACUGCAGGCAUUCAGAAAAUCCCUUUGGACCUUGUGGUAGUCACAAUCUGAAGCAGUGCCAAGACUAAAACUAUUUAUCACGUUGAGCUUUUGUCACACAAGCUUGAUUUCAACUGUUGAAGGUUGUAUGGGAUUUGUGGCUGGUGAACUACACCUGGGGUAGCAUUCUUUAUCUUUAUCUUUGUUCAGGAAAGAUGGAGAGGUCGCAUUGAAUUAGCAUUUAACUAAAUGGCCAGCUCAGUUAUAUGCAUGUUUCAUUACAUGCCAGAAAAAUCAUUUAAGCAGUCUAGUUUCACUUUCUUUCAGCUCAUCAAAAACAAAAAAGCAAACACACCCCUUCACCACCCCCAUAACUUCCUUUAAUUUGCACUUCUCUUGGGCAACACACUACUGCCUUGUGUAGCAAAAUUGUAGAAACUCUGUAUAUACUGUAAAUGUUGCGCAUUUAAUUGUAUGUGUCAGUUGACCGUUCCCUGGAGCUGGGUGGGAAUAAUAAAGCUCUAAUCAAAAUCUUAA